AUGAUGAACCUACCCCAACUUAUCCUCCUAAUAUCCAUUUCCAUACACCUCUGCUUGUCUUUGCAACCUUCAAUCCUCGACACUAAUGGCUUGACUGCCUCUGCAAGCGGCCAAGAUCUUCCAUUGAAAGAUGAUAUAAUCAGGGUAGCAAAUGACCCAGAAACGGUGAACUGGAUGAAGAAGGUGAGAAGGGAGAUUCACAGGAACCCAGAACUUGCUUACGAAGAGUUCAAUACAAGCUCACUGAUUAGGCGUGAGCUUGACGAAAUGGGUAUUCAAUAUCGGUGGCCUGUGGCGGAGACCGGCGUCGUAGCCACCGUUGGUUCUGGUUCCCCACCUUUUGUUGCUCUAAGAGCAGAUAUGGAUGCCUUACCGAUUCAGGAAAUGGUGGAAUGGGAGCACAAGAGCCAAGUAGAUGGAAAAAUGCAUGCCUGUGGACACGAUGCACAUGUCACCAUGCUUCUUGGUGCUGCAAGGAUACUGCAACAAUUCCGGGACAGAUUACAGGGAACUGUUGUUCUUAUAUUUCAACCAGCUGAGGAACAAGGUGAAGGUGCAAAAGACAUGAUCCACGAAGGGGUGCUCGAAAAUGUAGAGGCCAUAUUUGGUUUGCACAUAGUGCACAGGUAUCCUAUUGGUACGGUGGCUGCUCGGCCAGGUGAGUUUCUAGCCGGGUGUGGGAGCUUCAAAGCAACAAUCAGAGGGAAAGGGGGUCAGGCAAUGAUGCCACAACAGUCCAUUAAUCCCAUACUAGCACUUUCUAGUUCUCUAAUUAGCUUGCAGAAUAUUGUUUCCCGAGAGACAGACCCUUUAGAUCCUCAAGUGGUUUCUGUAACAAUGAUUCGAGGAGGAACUGGAUAUAAUGUUAUUCCUGACUCAUCUACAAUGGCUGGUACAUAUAGAGCAUUCAGCAAGAAGAGCNGGGGAACUGGAUAUAAUGUAAUUCCUGACUCAGCUACAAUGGCUGGUACAUAUAGAGCAUUCAGCAAGAAGAGCUUCUAUGCACUGAGAAAAAGAAUAGAAGAGGUUAUAAAAGGGCAAGCUGCUGUUCAUCGGUGCUCAGCUGAAAUUGACUUCUUUGGAAAGGAACACCCCACAAUUCCGCCAACCAUAAAUGAUGAAAGAAUAUUUGAACAGGUACAACAGGUCUCGAGUAUGAUUGUAGGCAGAGAAAACACAAAAUUAACUCCUACCUUCAUGGGGAGUGAAGAUUUCGCCUUUUACUUAGAAAAGGUACCUGGAUCCUUCCUUUUUUUGGGUAUAAGAAAUGAAAGAACUGGAUCUAUGCACCCUCCACAUAGUCCUUACUUCACCAUUGAUGAGGAUGUGCUUCCAAUUGGGGCAGCAAUACAUGCCACAUUCGCAUAUUCAUACCUCUUAAAUACAACAAAGAAACACACUAUUCAUUUUUAG